GGGUAUCCUAAAAAACCAAACGCGUCAACCGCCUUCCAACGAGUCCACAACUCGGCCAGUAGACUCAGUGCUCUCUGGAUAUAGCUCUGGUCGUUAAAAAACAGAGCACGUACAAAUACCAGAGCAAGAAAAGAAAAAGACGAAGAAGAAGAAGAAGAAGAAGAUAAAUAAGAAGAAGAAGAAGGCUUUUAUUUUUAUGGGAAACCCAGGAGGCCUUUUCCAGUUUCAUGGCGAGAAGGGUUCGUGAGGCAGCCGGAGAGAUGACGCAGCUUUGCCGGAAAAUUGUUCGUGUCAACAUCAGGUGGGGUAUUCUGCAAAGGGUGUCCAUUAAUUUCAAGCAAUUCUUCAAGUUUCUGUGGGGCAGGAUUCUGGUUUGCUCCGUGGGGAGGCCUGUCCGGUACCGCCGGUUGUCCCGGAGUCCUUUUUCGCCGCCGCCGGAGGCAAUCGAGUCCGGUUUGGUGCCACGGGACCCCACAGUUAGUGGGUAUGACCCAGAUUCAGAUUCAGUGACUUUGAAGAUCAGUUUGUUGGGUGAUUGUCAAAUUGGGAAAACAAGCUUCGUGAUUAAGUAUGUAGGAGAUGAACAGGAAAAGAGAAGCAUGCAGAUGUCGGGAUUAAAUCUAAUGGACAAAACGUUAAUGGUUCGAGGUGCAAAGAUUGCUUUCAGCAUAUGGGAUGUUGGAGGUGACCACAAAUCACUCGAUCACGUCCCGAUUGCUUGUAAAGAUGCAGUAGCCAUUUUGUUCAUGUUCGACCUCACUAGCAGAUGCACCCUAAACAGUGUUAUCGGAUGGUACAGUCAAGCUAGAAUGUGGAAUCAGACAGCCAUUCCCAUUCUGAUUGGGACUAAAUUUGAUGACUUCGUUCAACUUCCCCCGGAUUUGCAAUGGACCAUAGUGACUCAGGCAAGGGCUUGUGCAAAGGCAAUGAAGGCAACCCUAUUUUUUUCAAGUGCAACCCACAACAUAAAUGUGAACAAGAUCUUCAAAUUCAUAAUGGCGAAGCUCUUUAACUUGCCUUGGACUGUGGAGAGAAAUCUCACCAUUGGAGAGCCCAUCAUAGAUUUCUAGAAGUGUCCUCUGCACUCACUCAUUUGUAUAUAGACCCAAACUAUAAAAAAGUUUAAUCUCCAAAUUUGACCCCUGAGCCCAUCAUAGUUGAUCUUUUUUAUUAAAUUUGAUUGUGUUUGGAUCCCUCCUCACCCCACCCCUCAGCCCUCAGGAAAGGAAAAAGGAAACUGAGGAGUGGUGGUGGUCUUCAAGUUUUCACGACUCUUGUUGGACAAUAAUUAUAGGAGUAACCUGUUAAAUUUUCAACAGCAAGAUCUAUCAAAUAUGAGAAUCAGAUUUGUAA